UGAAUUCCCCAAGAACAACGUUUCAAUGAUGAAGACAAAAAAGUCUAUUAUAAACCAUCACCAAUGCUGUCUUGGAAAAGCCCUUCGAAACUUUGUUCCUUUUGACUCACUCUGCAACAAAAUCCCAGACCCCAAAAUCUCUUUGGCUCUUAAACCACUUUGAUGGUUAGCAGGUUGGCUCACCAAGCAUGUAAAUUUCUUGGAGGGUUUUUCUGGGUUUUUGAUCAAUUUGGAAACCCAGCUGGGAAUUUGAAAUUGGUGGUGUACUUGAUAAUUUCUGAACUCUCUCUGGUGAAAUUUCUUGGAUUCUGAGCGGGUUUCGUUAAGGCUCUUUUUGGUUGCAUGGAGAAUAACAGAGCAUAUUAGAAAGAAGUUUGCUCCCAGUACCCAAUGGCAGGAACCCAAGAUGCAAGGUAUUCUGCAACUCCAUCAUCCUCUCAAUGGAUGUCACUGUCUCCUGGUUUAGGAUCACCGAUUGGAACACCACUAUCUGAGAAAUUGGGCGUGGAAUUGUUAAGAAUGAUUGAAGAAUGUGGUUAUCAUGUAGCUGCAAGUAAUAUGCCUAAUGCUAAUAUCAUGCUUGAGCUUAUUUCCCGUCUUGCCUCUGCUAAUGGCUCCCCCAUUCAGCGAAUUGCAGCAUAUGUCAUCGAGGCAUUUGCUGAAAGGAUGCUGAAAACAAAAUUGUCUGGUCUUUACAAUGCCUUCAAAUCGACAAAUAUAUCAUUAGUAUCCGAGGAAAAUGUUGCUCAAAGAUUGUUCUAUAACGUUUGUCCUUUCAUAAAAGUCGCAUAUUUGGUCACGAAUCAAGCCAUUAUAGAAGCUAUGGAGGGCGAGAAGCGGGUUCAUAUUAUUGAUCUCUAUUCAUUUGAACCUGAACAGUGGAUUGAUCUUCUUCAUACAUUUAAAGCACGGCCAGAGGGGCCGCCCUGUGUAAAAAUUACCGGUAUCCAUGACCAGAGAGUAGUUUUAGAGCAAAUGGCUGUUCGGUUGAUGGCAGAAGCUUCUAAGUUAGAAAUUCCAUUUCACUUCAUUCCUAUAGUGAGCAAAUUAGAGAAUGUUGAUACUGAAAGCUUUUGUGUUGACGCCGGAGAAGCUUUUGCAAUCAGCUCUGUAUUUCAGCUUCAUUCUCUCUUGGCUUUUGACGAGGAAGUGCCAAGAAGGAUUUCACCUGUGGCAUCAAAGAGGCCUUUACGGAAGUUUCUCGACGAGGUCAGUCCUGAUUUCACCUCUUCAUCAUCCAUACUAUCUCCAAGUUUUUCACCAAAAAUGAAAAACUUUCUAAGUUUUCUUCGGCGCCUCUCACCGAAGGUGAUGGUGAUAGCUGAGCAGGAGGCAAACCAUAAUGGUUUUAGUUUAACUGAGAGAGUCAAGGAAGCAUUGGACUUCUAUGCUCCUCUCUUCGAUUGCUUAGACUCCAUUCGAUCAAUAACACCAAUGGAGCGACAAAUGAUAGAGAAGAUGAUUUUCGGAGAGGAAAUUAAAAACAUCAUAGCAUGCGACGGAGUGGAGAGAAAGGAGAGGCAUGAAAAGCUUGAGAAAUGGAUUCUAAGGCUUGAGCAGGCUGGUUUUGGCCGGGUGGAAUUGAGCUAUUACAACAGUAUAAAUGCUAGGAAGUAUUUGCAGAACUAUGGCAAUGAUGGUUAUAACAUCAAAGAAAAGGAUGGAUAUAUUGUUCUCUGCUGGAACAGGUGUCCCUUAUUUUCCAUUUCAGCUUGGCAGUUCGGGAGACAAAAAUAAGAUAACUAGCAAUGUGGUCAAUGAUUUAUUUUUCUUGUUCUUUCAGUUUAUUGUUUUUCAUUUUCUUCUUUGUAUACAAGAAUAAGGUUUUCAUGUUCUACGAAUGCAUAUGUUCCAAAGAAAGUUUUAACAACUUCACUUGGUUCUAAGCUUAGAGCUUUGUGAUACAAUGGUUUUUUCAAGCUCUUCAAUGGAGGAGAACCUAGGUUCAUAUACCCCCAUUUGUAAGGAAAAAAACUCAUUCUAUUCUAAAAUUUACAUUGUUUAUUUAUUUUA